CUGAUAAACGUCAGUGGAUUAAUAGAAAAAAAAAUGUUAUCUCAUAAUCACAGACACACGUGAAUAUACACAUAUGUGGAGAUUGGAAUUUGCAAUUGUCACCAAAGAGAAUCUUUUAACUUUUGAUUUGGUUUUGAUAGAGAGAUGAAGCCAGCAGCAGCAACAGUGACUGGUUCGUCGUUACGCUGCUUGAGUGCUUUCUCGAGUUGGCUUCUCCUACCCAAAAGUCUCCCUUAUACAUUUCUCAGUGAUUGAGUUUACUUUGCCAAAGCUCCAAUUUUUGGGUCUUUUUGGAACAAUCACGAAGCAAAAGUUUUGAGAAUUCAAGGUUUGAGUGAAAAAGAGAUGGGUUUUGAAGCCUUGAAUUGGUACUGCAAGCCAGUUGCAGACGGAUUUUGGGAAAAGGCAGUGGAUGGUGCGUUUGGAGCCUACACGCCUUGUGCCAUUGACUCACUAGUGAUGCUUGUUUCUCACUUUGUGCUUCUGGGUUUGUGUUUCUACCGGAUAUGGAUCAUCUUUCACAAUACCAAAGCUCAGAUAUAUGUUUUGAGGAAGAAGUACUAUAACUGUGUGCUAGGGUUAUUGGCUUGUUACUGUGUUGUUGAGCCUGUACUGAGAUUGGUCAUGGGGAUUUCACUCUUUGACAUGGAUGAAGAAACUGAUUUUCCUCCUUUUGAGGUUGCAUCUUUGAUGGUUGAGGCAUUCGCUUGGUUCUCCAUGCUUGUUUUGAUCGGACUCGAAACCAAACAAUAUGUCAAAGAGUUCCGGUGGUACGUGAGAUUUGGUGUUUUAUAUGUUUUGGUUGCUGAUGCUGUGCUGCUGGAUCUUGUGUUGCCUCUCAAGAACUCAAUCAAUAGAACUGCCCUAUAUCUCUUUAUCAGUUCAAGAUGUUCCCAGGCUCUUUUCGGAAUUCUUCUUCUUAUUUACAUACCGGAACUGGAUCCUUAUCCAGGUUACCAUAUUGUAAACAAUGAACCGUUAGACAAUGUUGAAUAUGAUGCACUUCGAGGGGGAGAGCACAUAUGUCCCGAGCGACAUGCCAGCAUAUUUUCCAGAAUAUACUUUGGUUGGAUCACGCCGCUUAUGCAGUUAGGCUACAGAAAACCCAUAACAGAGAAGGAUGUUUGGCAAUUAGACAAAUGGGACCAAACAGAAACUCUGAUCAAAAGAUUCCAAAGGUGCUGGACUGAAGAAUCACGGAGACCUAAGCCAUGGCUUCUCCGAGCACUAAAUAAUAGCCUUGGUGGAAGAUUCUGGUUGGCUGGUAUUUUCAAGAUUGGAAAUGAUCUUUCUCAAUUUGUUGGACCGGUUAUACUGAGCCAUUUAUUACGGUCAAUGCAAGAAGGUGAUCCAGCUUGGGUUGGCUAUGUCUAUGCUUUCAUUAUAUUCGUUGGUGUGACACUUGGAGUGCUUUGUGAAGCCCAGUAUUUUCAGAAUGUUUGGCGGGUGGGAUUUCGGUUGAGAUCAACUUUGGUUGCAGCUAUAUUCCACAAAUCUUUAAGACUAACUCAUGAAGCUCGCAAGAAUUUUGCAUCUGGAAAGGUCACAAACAUGAUAACUACAGAUGCUAAUGCACUUCAGCAAAUAUCACAACAGCUCCAUGGCUUAUGGUCAGCUCCCUUUCGCAUCAUUGUGUCUAUGAUUCUGCUCUAUCAGCAACUAGGAGUUGCUUCGCUUUUUGGUUCAUUGAUUCUGUUUCUCCUAAUUCCUCUCCAGACUCUGAUUAUAAGCAAAAUGCGGAAACUGACUAAAGAAGGACUCCAGUGGACUGACAAAAGAGUCGGUAUUACGAAUGAGAUUUUGUCAUCCAUGGAUACUGUGAAAUGCUAUGCAUGGGAGAAGAGCUUCGAGUCCCGGAUUCAAGGAAUUAGAAACGAAGAGCUCUCAUGGUUUCGUAAAGCACAGUUACUAUCAGCUUUUAAUAGUUUUAUACUGAAUAGCAUCCCGGUAGUUGUGACUGUGGUUUCAUUUGGGGUUUUCGUUCUGCUUGGAGGAGAUUUGACACCAGCAAGAGCAUUCACAUCUCUUUCUCUCUUCGCAGUUCUAAGAUUUCCUCUUAACAUGCUACCAAAUCUACUAAGCCAGGUUGUCAACGCAAAUGUUUCACUACAACGCAUUGAGGAACUACUUCUAAGUGAAGAGAGAAUUCUAGCACAAAACCCACCUCUUCAACCAGGAACUCCAGCCAUUUCAAUUAAGAAUGGAUACUUUUCAUGGGAUUCAAAGACUACCAAGCCCACAUUAUCCGAUAUCAAUUUGGAGAUACCCGUGGGCACCUUGGUUGCCAUUGUAGGUGGAACUGGAGAAGGUAAGACGUCACUUAUUUCGGCAAUGCUGGGGGAGUUAUCUCAUGCUGAAACCACAAGCGUUGUUAUUAGAGGCUCUGUAGCUUAUGUUCCUCAAGUUUCGUGGAUCUUCAAUGCCACUGUGCGUGAAAACAUUUUAUUUGGGUCAGAUUUUGAGUCUGAAAGAUAUUGGAGGGCUAUUGAUGCGACUGCCUUACAACACGAUCUUGAUUUGCUUCCAGGCCGUGAUCUUACUGAGAUUGGAGAACGUGGGGUGAAUAUUAGCGGAGGGCAGAAGCAGAGAGUCUCAAUGGCUAGGGCAGUCUACUCAAAUUCAGAUGUUUACAUAUUCGAUGAUCCUUUGAGUGCAUUAGAUGCUCAUGUUGCUCACCAGGUCUUUGAUAGCUGCAUGAAGGAUGAGCUAAGGGGGAAAACAAGGGUUCUUGUAACAAAUCAGCUACAUUUUCUUCCUUUGAUGGAUAAAAUAAUUUUAGUCUCCGAAGGAAUGAUUAAAGAGGAGGGAACCUUUGUAGAGCUGUCAAAAAGUGGGAUUUUGUUCAAGAAACUAAUGGAGAAUGCUGGAAAAAUGGAUGCAACCCAAGAGGUCAAUACAAAUGAUGAGAACAUUUUGAAGCUGGGUCCUACUGUCACGGUUGAUGUGAGUGAAAGAAAUCUUGGCAGUACCAAGCAAGGGAAACGGAGAAGAUCAGUGCUCAUAAAGCAAGAAGAACGGGAAACUGGCAUCAUUAGUUGGAAUGUUCUGAUGAGGUAUAAAGAAGCAGUAGGCGGCUUAUGGGUAGUUAUGAUUCUACUGGCAUGCUAUUUAGCAACUGAAGUUCUCCGAGUUUCAAGUAGCACAUGGUUAAGUAUUUGGACUGAUCAAAGUACGUCAAAGAAUUAUAGUCCCGGUUUCUACAUUGUUGUAUAUGCUCUUCUCGGAUUUGGUCAGGUGGCUGUCACGUUCACCAACUCUUUUUGGCUGAUCACAUCAAGUUUGCAUGCCGCCAGAAGACUCCAUGAUGCGAUGCUGAGUUCUAUUCUUCGAGCUCCUAUGCUCUUCUUCCACACAAACCCAACUGGACGUGUAAUAAACAGAUUUUCUAAGGAUAUUGGUGAUAUAGAUAGAAACGUUGCCAACCUAAUGAAUAUGUUCAUGAACCAGCUAUGGCAACUCCUCUCAACAUUUGCUCUUAUAGGUACUGUCAGUACAAUUUCGUUGUGGGCAAUAAUGCCACUCCUAAUACUGUUUUAUGCAGCAUAUCUCUACUAUCAGAGCACAUCUCGUGAAGUUAGACGUUUGGAUUCCGUUACAAGAUCGCCUAUUUAUGCUCAGUUUGGAGAAGCUUUAAAUGGUUUGUCAAGCAUCCGAGCCUAUAAAGCCUAUGACCGGAUGGCCAAGAUUAAUGGAAAAUCCAUGGACAAUAACAUAAGGUUCACUCUUGCAAAUACUAGUUCCAAUCGUUGGCUCACUAUAAGAUUGGAGACUCUUGGGGGUGUCAUGAUUUGGUUAACUGCAACGUUUGCGGUUCUGCAAAAUGGUAAUACAAAUAACCAAGCUGGUUUUGCAUCUACGAUGGGUCUCCUUCUUAGUUACACUCUGAAUAUCACUAGUCUGUUAAGUGGUGUUCUAAGGCAAGCUAGCAGAGCGGAGAACAGCUUGAAUUCUGUUGAGCGUGUUGGUAACUAUAUUGAUCUUCCUUCUGAGGCUACAGAUAUAAUUGAGAACAAUCGUCCUGUAUGUGGCUGGCCUUCAGGAGGAUCAAUUAAGUUUGAAGACGUCCACCUGCGUUAUCGACCCGGGCUUCCUCCAGUGUUGCAUGGACUGACCUUUUUUGUUUCUCCCAGUGAGAAAGUAGGAGUUGUGGGAAGAACUGGGGCAGGAAAAUCUUCAAUGCUGAAUGCAUUAUUUCGGAUCGUGGAAGUGGAAAAGGGAAGAAUUAUGAUUGAUGAUUGUGAUGUGGCUAAGUUCGGACUGACAGAUGUACGCAGGGUUCUAAGUAUCAUACCACAAUCUCCAGUUCUUUUCUCAGGGACGGUGAGAUUCAACAUUGAUCCAUUUAGUGAGCACAAUGAUGCUGGCCUCUGGGAGGCUCUUCACAGAGCGCAUAUAAAAGAUGUCAUCAGCAGGAAUCCUUUUGGCCUAGAUGCAGAGGUGUAGUUUAUCUUAAAAGACAUAGUUUAAUCAGAUUCUUUCAGUUAUACGCAUAAAAAUAAUCCACUUUUAGAUAAUCUCAAUCUUUUUUUUUAUGAUUGAGAUUAUUGAUUAAACUCUCACCCACUUUGAGUCUGUGAAGGUCUGUGAGGGAGGUGAGAAUUUCAGCGUGGGGCAAAGGCAACUGCUGAGUCUAGCGCGUGCAUUGCUAAGAAGAUCUAAGAUCCUUGUUCUCGAUGAAGCAACGGCAUCUGUUGAUGUCAGAACAGAUUCUCUGAUACAGAGGACCAUUCGCGAGGAAUUCAAGUCUUGCACAAUGCUUGUUAUUGCUCACAGGUUGAAUACCAUCAUCGACUGUGACAAGAUUCUUGUGCUUAGUUCUGGUCAGGUUUUGGAGUAUGAUAGUCCACAAGAAUUGCUAUCAAGAGAUACAAGCGCCUUCUUUAGGAUGGUUCAUAGCACCGGACCAGCAAAUGCUCAGUACCUUUCCAAUUUGGUCUUUGAAAGGAGAGAGAAUGGAAUGAGUGUGGGUGGAUAAAAAUGGUCACUAGCCUUCCAAAAUGAGUCAAAGUUUGGUUUGUGACAACAAGAAAGAUAAUGCAAGUUGCUAUUCACAUUUCACGAUGAUGUAAUUUGCAUGAUUACCAUUUACGAGAGUGCCAAAGUUACAAGGUGAUAGUCUUAAGCUGAACAAUUAAAGGUUUUGCUACAAUGGUGAAGUUAAAGGCUGAAGAUUGGGAGUUUGGGACAUUGAAGAAAUCUUUGAGAAACGUAUAUAUGAUUCCGUUUUCGAUUUGUAGCAUAGCGUCAUAACAUACAAGAGCUUCAAAUGAAGUAUGAUUUCAUGUGUUCAUAUGUACACAGACCAUAAAACUAAUGAUCUGCAACAAAUAAAGUUGUUUUUCUUGAUUAAUAUAUAUAUAUUCAUGAUAUAAUUUCUGCUCAAAAAGCCUCCAUGA